ACGGAGUAAAGACGCCAGCAGAGGUGACAGCAUGGCCUCCCGGGACACACCGCCGGCCACCAGCUACGCCCCGCCUGACGUGCCCUCGGGGGUCGCCGCCUUGUUCCUCACCAUCCCCUUUGCCUUCUUCCUACCGGAGCUGGUGUUCGGGUUCUGGGUGUGGACUCUGGUGGCUGCUACACACGUCGCAUACCCCUUGCUGCAGGGAUGGGUGCUGUAUGUCUCCCUCACCUCCUUUCUCAUCUCCUUGAUGUUCCUGAUGUCCUACUUGUUUGGGUUUUACAAACGAUUUGAGUCCUGGAGAGUCCUGGACAGCCUGUACCAUGGCACCACAGGCAUUCUGUACAUGAGUGCCUCUGUCCUGCAAGCAUAUGCCACCAUCAUUUCUGAGGGCCACAACCUGAGCCACUACUACAUCAAUGUUGCAGCCUCGUUCUUCGCCUUCCUCACUACACUGCUCUAUAUCCUGCACGCUUUCAGCAUCUAUUACCACUGAAGUGCAGGGAGAACCAAAUCCGGUGAGACCUGAGAGGCCGCGUGAUUAUCCCUCAAAGCAGGUCUUGUCAUUUGCCAACUGGGUGAUAAACCCACCAAGCCACCCGUGGGGCCAACAGACCAUCUUUCUGGAACGAUGAGGAGACUCAUUUUGGACCUUUAUACUCUUUGUGGUGACUAUGAGAAAACUAUCCCCCCACCAAAGAUGACUGCCCCUCCUUCUCCCCUGAAGAUCCCUCCCACCCUGGCUGCCCUGAAGAUGACGGGCUACCUUUUGGAGUUUCCCAACCGUGAACUCAGCUGAGCUCGGCUUUUCUAGAAAACUAACCUUGAACCUCUCAGGCACCGUUCAGAAUGCCACCCCUGCUGUUGCCCCCAUCCAGGAUCUCUUUGUUAAUGGUGCUCUGUCUGAUACAUUUAGGUCUUAGUCAAUCUUUUCUCAAACAGGCAAGUCUACACAAAGGCUUGCCGGUCUACUGGCCUUGCACACGCCUUGCUUGUAGCUUGUGCUAUGGCCCUGGAGCAGUUGAGACCUGCCUUCCCUGACUCUCCCCCCCCCCACCCCCCAUCACACCCCUACUUCCCAGGUAUUAAGGUUAGGGCUCAAGAAAAAUGUACAUAAAACCAACUUUGAGAAUAAAUUUGUGGAUGAAAUCAGCUGCUGGGUUUGGGGAGUCAGAAUGGGAAAGAUGCAUACGCUGGAUCCUUCAGAAAUUUACAGGGCAGGGCUCAGUGUUCCUGUGUGGAGCUUCAAAGACCAACCUCCUAAGGACCAGAGGCAUCCUCGGCCUUUAGAAAAGACUUCGGCAAAGGAGAUUGGAACAUCACAACCGUAGGUUUACCUUCAGACUCCUCCCAGAAACCCUGGGGAAUCAGCAGCUGCUCUGCUGUUGUAGGGGCCGGGAAAGGACCCAGAUGGAGGUCUACACUCAUUUCUGUGUACUCUCAACUCUUCCUAGGGACCCUCUGGGCAGGGCCAGCCUGCAGGACUCAUCUUGGAAGGGUGUUUGCAUUUGGGGGUCUUUGGGUUUUUUCCAAGGACAGACCUUGUGAAAAGAAAAACAGGAAGUCUAAUGAGCACUCUCCAGAGUUAGCUGGGCUCUGUCUUAUCACCAUCUGGGCAUGUCUCAGCCCUUUGCCAAGGGCCCCUGCACGCCAAGGGUCCUUACCCGACAGUCCAACCAUCUAAAUAAUUACCAAAAGGGACUUAACUAAAUCUAACUUUCCUCCGUUUGUGUGUGGUGGGGGGUGGGGAUGGGGGCCUGAAGUAUGUUGGAGUGGGGCUGGGACAUGGGUGUGUGUGUGCAGGCUUAGCUUCGCCACUGUUUACCGGUUACUAAUUGCCCCAAUGUCUUGAAAAGCCACCAUUUCUCUCUCUCUUUUCUUUUUCUUUAGCCUGGGAACUGUCUGUGAUCUUCACCAUUGAGUAUUUGCUGAAUGACCUCGAGCAAAUAAAAGAUUGUUGGACAGUG